GUCCCAAUGUAUCGUUUAAGGGUGCAAUCACUCUUUGUCCCCCUUUUUGGUUCUUGCAUGCUGAGUCUCUGUAUUUUACAAGUCACUCAAAUUCACAGGUGUCUUUUCAACACAAACUUAAACCAUGCAGUCUCGUUUACUUCCGGUGCCGGCAUCUUUCGCCGGCACCGGCACCACCUUCUCUCUCCAUCGCAGCUACAACCGCAACCUCAAUUUCCGUUCCACCACUUCUCCGUCGAUCCGCCGCCGUCCGAUCGCCGUUACGUUCUCCGUCGCAAACAACCAGCAGGAUCAUUACGCCGUUCUAGGUCUAUCAACAGACGCUUCACAAUCCGAUAUCAAAAAAGCAUAUCGUCUACUCGCUCGAAAGUAUCAUCCAGAUGUUAACAAGGAUUCACAAGCUAGUGAGGUGUUCAAAAGCGUCCAUCUUGCAUAUGAGGUUUUGUCUAAUAACACAACAAGAAGCCAGUACGACAAAUCACUCCAUUUUCAACCAAAAAGCAGCCCACCAUGGAGGACACACAACAUCAACUUCGAAUAUGAAAUGAAAACACACAGGUGGUCUGAUUCAAGACAGAAAAUGAAAUACCGCAAAGGGUAUGGUUUUGAUGAGGUGGAUGGUGUAACCAAUGAAAGAGGUUCUUUCAUUAAUGUCGUAAGAUCUGCGUUUCUCUCCCUAUUCUUACUGAAAACUAUAGGGGCAAAACUGUCUUUAACCUUUAGCAGCGUGACGGCUUUGCUUGACCCGGAGUUGGACGGUGGGUAUAAGGUCGGUUAUUUGGUUGCAUGGAUGAUGGGGGGUCGAGGUGGAAUUAUGCUUGCGUUAUGCCUCCCGUUCGCUAGUUGGAUAUGCGGAAAAGCCAGCAGUAAUGUUGUUGCACUAGGGGCGGUAUCCAUGUGGGUCGGGUCGGUUCUGGCAAGGGCGGCCCCACUUCCACAAGGUGCCGUUCUUACUCUUCUCUACAUGUCUUUUAAGCUUCAGGCUGAUCUGAAUUGAAGCUACAUCAUAGUUAUAGUAAUGUUUAUAGUGUCAAUUAGAAAAAUUAUUUGUAAAUAGUAUUAUAUAGUAUAGCCCCAACUAAAAUGCUCAACUUAUGGAACUUCUAACAAAAAAAGGUUUUUUUA